UACGGGUGAACGAGGAGGCUGGAAUGGAAACGGAGUCGAGGGGGGCGAUACUUCGUAUAGAGCAGAGCUCCAUCAGUAGACUCAAAUCACCCAGUAGUAGGUUAUACAGCCGUUAUUCCCCUUUUCCAGCCAAGUGACUAAGUGAUAGGAGAAGGACAUCUCUGGCAUAUAUAUAAUUGGAACAAUCGUUGGCUUUAUGCGGGGGAAAAUGCAACCUUCAAGACUUAAAGGAACGUGAUGGGAAGAGCAUAUAUAUACAAUUUUUUUUUUACAGAAUAUUCUAACUCGACGUCCAUUGGAGGAAAGCAGUUAAUGUUUAUAGCUCUGUGCUUCGUCAUCAUUCAACGUUAGAUUUUUGUUUCAUGGACCAUUUUCUAUAUUAUUAGCCUACCAGUACAGGUCUAAUGUCUUAGUUUAGCACAUGAUUUAGCUGUAGAUAGGUCAGCUGCCUUUACAGGCACAGACUAGAUGGGAUUCAAUGGUUUAAUGUUUUUUGAUGGAUUCCUUGUCCUUUAGUAAGUAAGUAGCAAGACAAUCUAAGGUAGCUGCUGGUCCGAGAAUUGUGGAUUAAUUAAAUUUUUCAGCAAAACCAGACGUCUAUGGACAUUUGUUCUUCAUCGGCGAAAUGAGUGUACGUUUAAUUAAACCAAGCACAUGAACGGCGUCUAAAUUAAGGUCGUGUUCAGAGGGGUGAAAACCGACGUUGAGAAUAUUCCCCGACAAGGACAAAUACAAUUUAAUUCAUAUUCUCUGGAAUUGUUGGUGUCCACCACAAGGAAAUGGGAAGCGAGGUUUUUACGCCGUUGCUGGAGCAAUUUCUGCUCACGCCUUUGGUUGCCUGGGUUAAGGCGGCUGGGCAUUCAUCUGGAAACGAUGGCACCAAACUAUCGGAAUACAUUGAAUUAGUGGAUGGCAUUUAUUUAAACGAGAUCAUGCUUGAGAUAAAUCCUAAAGCCACUGUUCAAAGAACCAACAAGAAAGUGAACAAUGACUCAACACUGCGCAUACAAAACCUCUCCAUCUUGAUCCGACAGAUCAAGUCCUAUUACCAGGAGACCCUCCAGCAGCUGGUGAUGAUGCCUCUCCCCAACGUGCUGGUGCUGGGCAGGAACCCUCUCAGUGAGCAAGGACUGGAGGAGAUGAGGAAGCUUUUGUUGCUGUUGCUUGGCUGUGCCGUCCAGUGUGAGAAGAAAGAGGAGUACAUUGAGAGGAUCCAGACCUUAGACUUUGACACAAAAGCUGCCAUAGCAUCUCACAUCCAAGAGGUGACCCACAACCAGGAGAAUGUUGUGGACCUGCAGUGGCUGGAUGGGGGCGAGCUGCCCCCAGAGGACCUGGACUCCUUCUCCAGGAACAUGGCCUUCCAUCUCAAACGCCUAGUGGACGAGAGAGACGACCAGCUGGAGACCAUCGUGGAGCUGACCCAGGAGAGGGACUGUGGACUGUACUCGCCCCAGCCGUUCUGUGCCCAGUCGCCCAACGACUCGCCCAGCAUGCGCCGCACAGAGAGCCGGCAGCACCUGUCUGUGGAGCUGGCCGACGCCAAGGCCAAGAUCAGACGUCUGCGCCAGGAGCUGGAAGAGAAGAGUGAGCAGCUGCUGGACUGCAGACAGGAACUGGACAACAUGGAGACUGAAAAUAAGAGGGUUCAGCAAGAGAGCCUGCAGUUGUUGUCGGACGCCCGUUCUGCCAGGGCAUAUCGUGACGAGCUGGACGCUCUGAGGGAGAAAGCCGUCAGAGUGGACAAGCUGGAGAGUGAAGUGGGACGCUACAAGGAGAGGCUCUAUGACAUUGAGUUCUACAAAGCCAGAGUAGAGGAGCUGAAGGAGGACAACCAGGUUCUGCUGGAGACCAAGGCCAUGCUAGAGGACCAGCUGGAAGGAACCAGGGCUCGCUCUGACAAACUCCACGAGCUGGAGAAAGAGAGCCUGCAGCUCAAAUCCAAGAUCCACGACAUGGAAAUGGACCGGGACAUGGACAGGAAGCGUAUUGAGGAGCUGCUAGAGGAGAACCUGGUUCUGGAGAUGGCCCAGAAACAGAGCAUGGACGAGUCUCUCCACCUGGGGUGGGAACUACAGCAGCUCUCCAUGACCCCUGACCUGACAGAGGUGCCUCAGAAGUCCCUGGGCCACGAGGUGAAUGAGCUGACAUCCAGCCGGCUGCUGAAGCUGGAGAAGGAGAACCAGACCCUUCUGAAGACUGUGGAGGAGCUGAGAGGUUCUGCCAGCAAACACGUCCCUGCACGUCUCCUCAAGGCCGACAAGGAGAACCAGAGGCUCACCCAGAGGCUGGUGCAGCUGGAGAGUGAGCUGAACACAGAAAGGGAGAGUCUGCACAGUGCAGAGCAUCUUGGCACCGACCUGAUGAAGGAGAAGGCUCUGCUGGAGAAAACCCUGGAGACGCUGAGGGAGAAUUCUGAGAGACAGGUGAAAGGCCUGGAGCAGGAGAAUGAGCAUCUCAGCAAUACCGUCUCGUCGCUGAGGCAACGCUCCCAGGUGGGCCCUGAGGCGCGGGUCAAAGACGUGGAGAAGGAGAACCGCGUGCUGCACGAGUCCAUCCGGGAGACCAGCUCCAAGCUCAACAAGCUGGAGUUUGAGCGUAAGCAGCUGCGUAAGGACCUGGCGGUGUACAAGGAGAAGGGCGAGAGGACAGAGGAGCUGGAGGUGGAGGCGCAGCGGCUGGAGAGGGAGAACGAGGCCCUGCAGAAGCGAGUAGCCAGCCUGGGCAUCACCUGUGACAAGGUGGCGUCUCUGGAGAAGGAGAACGCAGAGCUUGAGGCAGAGGGCCGUCGUUUGAAGAAGAACGUGGAAGGCCUGCGGAGCACCUCCUUCCAGCUGGAGGCCCUGGAGAAGGAGAAUGCCCAGCUGGACGAGGAGAACCUGAAGCUCCGCAGGGCUGCAGAGGUGCUCCGCUCGGCCGGGAACAAGGCGGCUCAGCUGGAACUGGAGAACCGGGAGCUGGAGAGCGAGAGGAGCCAGCUGAAGAGAAGCCUGGAGCUGCUCAAAGCCUCCUCCAGGAAGACGGAGAGGCUGGAGGUGAGCUACCAGGGCCUGGACACGGAGAACCAGCGGCUGCAGAAAUCCCUAGAGAACAGCAGCCGCAAGAUCCAGCAGCUAGAGGGGGAGCUGCAGGACGUAGAGCAGGAGAACCAGAGUCUGCAGAGGAGCCUGGAGGAACUGAAGAUCUCCAGCAAACGUCUGGAGCAGCUGGAGCAGGAGAAUAAGACUCUGGAGCAGGAGAGCUCUCAGCUGGAGAAGGACAAGAAGCAGCUGGAGAAGGAAAACAAGAGGCUGAGACAGCAAGCGGAGAUCAGGGACUCCAAGCUGGACGAGGACAACCUGAGGAUCAGCCACCUGGAGAAGGAGAACCGCUCACUGGGCAAGGAGAUGACCUCCUUCAAGGACUCCUGCAACCGCCUUAAAGACCUGGAGAAGGAGAACAAAGAACUGGUCAAACAGGCCACUAUAGAUAAGAAGACGCUGGUCACUCUGCGAGAGGAACUGGUGAGUGAGAAACUGCGGACUCAGCAGAUGAACAAUGAUCUUGAGAAACUGACCCACGAGCUGGAGAAGAUAGGCCUUAACAAGGAGAGGUUGCUGCAGGCCGAGCAGAGCUCUGACGACGACAGGUACAAGCUGCUGGAGUUCAAGCUAGAGUCCACUCUCAAGUCUUCUCUGGAGAUCAAGGAGGAGAAGAUAGCUGCCUUGGAGGCCAGACUGCAGGAGUCCUCCAACCUCAACCAACAACUGCGCCAGGAGCUUAAAACUGUGAAGAAGAACUAUGAGGCCCUGCGACAGAGGGAGGAGGAGGAGGAGAGGAUGGUGCAGAGCUCACCCCCCAGAGGAGGGGACAGGGAGGACUCUCAGGCCGUCAACAAGUGGGAGAAGGAGAGCCACGAGACCACCCGGGAACUGCUCAAGGUCAAAGACCGCCUCAUUGAGGUGGAGAGGAACAAUGCCACCCUCCAGGCAGAGAAGCAGGCCCUGCAUACCAACCUGAAGCAGCUAGAGACCCAGAGCAGUAACCUGCAGGCCCAGAUUCUGGCUCUGCAGAGACAGACUGCAUCUCUACAGGAGAACAACACCACACUACAGACCCAAAACGCCAAACUACAGGUUGAGAACUCAACGCUGAACUCCCAGAGUGGCGCUCUCAUGGCCCAGAAUGCCCAACUGGCGACGCAGCAGUCCAGUACGGAGAACGAGAAGGAGGGGGCGAUGAGGGACAGGGAAGACCUGAGGUCCACCUAUGAGAUGCUGCUAAGGGACCAUGAGAAACUGGCUGCCCUGCAUGAGAGACAGGCCUCCGAGUACGAGGGCCUCAUCGGCAAACAUGGAGGCCUGAAAAGUUCCCACAAGAGUCUAGAGUCACAGCACAGAGACCUGGAGGACAGGUAUAACCAGCUGCUGAGGCAGAAGGAUCAGCUGGAGGAGCUGGAGAAACAGCUGAAGGCAGAGCAGGAGAAGAUGCUGUCUGAGAGCAAGAGCCACGAGGCCACUGCUGCAGACUACCACAAACUGAAGGAGGAGAAUGAAAGGCUGAACAUGGCACACCGUCAGCUGGUGAAGGAUAAUGAGGGCCUGCAGGCCGACCAUAAGAACCUGAAGAGCCAGAUGAACGGUGCCAAGCUGGAACAGACCCGCAUGGAGGCGGAGUUCUCCAAACUCAAAGAGCAGUACCAGCAGCUGGACAUCACCUCCACCAAGCUCACUAACCAGUGUGAGUUGCUGAGUCAGUUGAAAGGGAACCUGGAGGAGGAGAACCGUCACCUGCUGGACCAGAUCCAGACCCUGAUGCUGCAGAACCGCACCCUGCUAGAACAGACCAUGGAGAGCAAGGACCUGUUUCACGUAGAACAGAGACAGUACAUAGACAAGCUGAACGAGUUGAGGAGACAGAAGGAGAAGCUGGAGGAGAAGAUCAUGGAUCAGUAUAAGUUCUACGACCCCUCACCUCCACGGAGACGGGGGAAUUGGAUCACCCUGAAGAUGAAGAAGCUGAUCAAGCCGAGGAGUCGAGAGCGUAUGCGUUCCCUGACACUGACUCCCACGCGCUCCGAGUCCAGCGAGGGCUUCCUGGGGCUUCCUCUGGACAGCCAGGACUCCUCCUCCAUAGGCUCUGGCUCCAACUCCCUGGACGACACGCUGACACACAAGAGGAGCAGCAGGAAGAGAGACUCUCAGAGAGUGCAGCAUUCCCAUGUGCAGGGUAACCAGGGUUCCUCUAAUGCUCUGAAAAGGUUGCCCUUUAUGAGGACCAGAUCGAAGGAGAAAGACAAAGAGAAGGCCAUCUACCGCCGGUCCAUGUCUAUGAACGACUUGCUACAGACCAUGGCCUUGGCGGGGGGUCAGUGGGCAGGCAGCACAGAGAACCUGGAGGCGCCCGUCGAGACCAACGGGGGUAGCGGUGCCCGGCGAAUGAAAGGGCUGGGUUCCAUGGCCUACUCCACCAACGCUAUCAACUACGCCACACUCACCCUGCCUUCAGGCAGCAGGGCCAAGAGGGGCCUGAAGAUCAAAGACAACGCUUCCUGUGAAGAUGUUCCAGCAUCCUCAGACGACCCCAUUGGGGUCAAAGGGCAAGCCUCCAGACCCUCCAGCCUCCAUAGUAUCAAGACCAUCAGUAGUAAUAGCAAUAAUAACUCCCACUUCUCUCCACUCCAGACCAAAGGCACGUUGAACGGAAACCUCAGCAGACCCCACAGUGAGAGCAGUGGGGAGUUCAGCCUCAGUCUGGACCAGGAGGAGUGGUCCAGCGGGAGCAGCCCUGUCCAGCAGCCCCUGUCCCGCUCCUCUCACCAGAGCCCCAUGCUGCUGCGGAGGUCCCUGGACCCCCAGGCCGCCCAGGCCAGGAAGAAGACGAGCAACUCCUCGGGCAGCGCCAGUGAAGUGGUCUCUCUACAGCAGUUCCUAGAGGAGAGCACCGACCCUGCAGAGUCUGGCAGCCAAGAGAAUCUGACCGUUGAGUCUCCCCGCCUCUCUGGAGGCGCUGAGCAUGUGCAGAGGGACCGGGCUGAGCGAGGCUCCACCUCCUGCACCGGCACUAAGGGGCGGGGCAUCCUGCGCUCAGCCAGUGGGAAGGCAGCGCCAGUGCACUCAGACAGCCGCCCCCCAAGGGGUGGCCAACCAGGUCGUCCCAGUCUACGGAAGGCAGAGAGUACGCGUGUGAAGGGCACGGUCCAGCCCCGGGUCGGCCUCUCCUCCCAGAGUAAAGCCAUGUCUGUGUCUGAGCGUCUGGACAUCUCCUCCACCUCCUUCUCCACACUGCCCCGGGCCAGCAGCGUCAUCUCCACAGCUGAGGGCUCCACGCGUCGGACCAGCAUACACGACCUGCUGUCCAAAGACGCCCGGCAGCCCGUGUCUGUGGACCACUCACCCUCCUCAAAGGCCUCGCCUCGCGCCUCCACCACGCCCAGUGAGUACCCCCCAACCAAUAACCCCUCACAACACCCAAAUCACCAGUCCAUCCCCCUAGACCCAGCCCUCGUGCCCCUGUCUCUGCCCAAGUCAGUCAGUAUGCCCUGCACGGGCAGUCAGCAACCCCCCAAUAGUAAGGAAACUGAUCUCUCUAGCCUGGAGUCCUUCUUUGGAAAGUCAUUCACAGUAGAGUCAGUGUUUAUGGACUCCAUCUUCAGUGAUCCAACCUUCACAGGGGCCAAGAGCCAUACCUUCCUCUCCCUCAACACCUCCCUGGUCAGUAACAUUAGUGGUCCCCCAGGCAAAACCCACCCCCAGCCCAACUCUGUUCAAACUGCCCAGAACCAACCAAAUGGGCAAAAGUCCUGCCCACCUGACCAGAAUGGGGAACAGGAGGUAAUUGACACCAAUCAUGUGCUCGAUGCUGACCAAUCCCCAUCCCAACCCCUUAGCCCAGAAGACCAACAAUCAUUGUGGUAUGAGUAUGGCUGUGUCUGAAUGUGUGGCGCCCUGGUCAGCUACUGAUCUGGGACCUGCAUAAGGACCAGUGAUGGUGGGGGAGAAAGAAGGAACUCUGCAUGCUUUAUCAAAGCACUAUCAUACUAUGUUUUCUGUUGAGCUUUCAUGUUUUCAUGGCUGAUUUGUAAAUCACAAUUCCGCACCUCUGGUUUGGUCUAACUCUUUGUCUUGUGGAAGUGGGGUUCUCUGGAUGUCUUUGCUUCAAUGGUCCGUUCACACUAUUCAUUAAUCAAACCUCUUGUUUGGCUCACAUUUUAAAGCUAUUUACAUGACUGCAUUAUGGGGGACAUGAAUAGCUGUUCUUGUUAUUUUAAUCAACAUUUACCAUUUAUUUUCCAAUCACAAAUGCAUCUUCAGGAAACAUGUUGCAAAGCUACAUUAACUAUCAUUUGGACAUUCAGUUCAUCUUUUUUUUGUAAAUCUCCAUGUCAGAGGUCCUCCAGAGUUGACAUGGAGCUCUGUAUGAGGCUUGUAGAACAUGUCCCAUGAUAGGCUGUCUGAGGACCACAUUAACUGCCAAUAAGCUCUAUUUAUGGAGUCAUUAAAUAAUCUAGCCCUUCAGAGGAAAGAGCUACUAUCUUUAACAGGAAACCAGUUUCUCAACUAUUAAUGAGAGAUAAGAUUGUUUCCCUUUUUUCUUAUUGGGUGUUUGGUAUGUGGGAGAAUACUGUCCUCUCUAAAGUACUGUAUCGCAUUUCAUUACCAGUCUGAUUCUACUGUAUCGACCUCGAUGCAUAUUCACUGAACUGCAUGGCUUUAUUCUGUCUUGGUUUGUUCUGGACCUCUCAUUUUGAUUGUUGUGAUCAAAAUGGUUUUGUCUUUUUCUUUGGUGUGUUUGUGUUUUGUGCAUAUGACACGUUUUGUCUGUUCCAUUUAAUUUUCUGAACAAAUCUUUCUCAAUUGGGGUUAAGGGAUGGUUUUUGAAGAAACGUCAUUCACUAAAUGAUUUGAGAGGAAAUUUAAGUUGUAGAGAGAAUGUUGCCUUCCUAGUGUUAGUGGUGAGAGAAAUUUGCAAGUGAGACAAAUGUGAUUGUCAGAUUAUUUUGUGAAUGAAGGUUCUUCUACUCUUGGUUGUCAUGGUAUUGGAUCUGGGUAAGGUGUCGUGAGAAUGCUCACGGCCACAAUACAAAUCCCAAUAGCACAAUAACUUGUUUUAGGUUAUGUAUUAUUGUAGACUGACUGGGUGCACCUUGUACAAACGUACAUUAUGAACCAUAUGAAGUUAUAUUCAAGGGCAGAAAGCACUCCUUUAUGCACCAGUAGUAGGAGUAAUGAUGUCGUUGGUAGUUUAGAUGUAUUUAUUUCUGCUUCGUGAUGUAUUUACCAUUUUGAAAUAGUUUUAUCGUAUUUAUCUUGUGUGUAUAAACCAUUAACUGCAGCCUUUAUUCAGAUGGAAUAUAACAUGCUUUUGUUCUGCAGAUGUGGAAGUGUUACAAGAGCGCAGAAAGUCAAAAAGCGGAACAGGGGAGCAACAAAGCUCCUAAACAUUAAUGAUGAGCUCAAGUGGUGAGUGCUGCUCUCCAAGUCCAACAGGGAGAUGGGGGGGGGGGCUCCAUGGUAACCCAAAGUGGUGUAACAGAUAUCCCAUCAUGGACGUGCUUGCUUAUGCUACGCUGGUGUGUCGUCGUCGUCCCCCAUGGCCUGGCUGGUGCCACCCUGUAAAGGGCACAUGAAUGGACCGUCUGCAUGGCGUCUGGUGGAACACGCUUUGCCCAUGUAUGUGCCCAAUCCCUAAUAACAGGAGGACCUGUCUGUCCUGCUACACGUACAUGCACCCCCCUCCCUCCCUCCCUCCCUGCUCCUCAGUGAUACUGUGUGUCCAUAGCUGGCUUUUCUUAGAACUUUUUUCUGUUCGUAUUCAGGAAAAGGCACCGGUGGCUCUAUACAAGGUUGUGGUCCCUUUGCGAGCUUAUCUAUCUGCAGGAUUGCAUGGCUUUGGUGUCGUGCAGCUGAAACCCCUCCCCUUAUCCUGACUGUCGAUGCAUGUAGACCGCUUUCCUGUGCGUCCAUAUCUACAUGUUCAUCUUCUUCUCUGUCAUUUCUGCCUCUAACUUUUUUCUGUCCCCUUCUCUUCUUUUCUUCACUCUGUCUGCCUCCAGCUCAGAGGAAAGUGACCUUCAAGCUGUCUGUUUGACUUUGAAGCCUUUAAAAGUCGGUCUACUUAGAUGGUCUUCAGUGAGAAAAGCUUGUAAAAACAACAACAUUUAAAUCAAUUUCAAGAAUGCUUCAAUAGUGAAAAGUAAACCUCCUCUCUUUUUUCCUUGAAUCAAGGAAACAACUCAUAAAGGGAAAUUUCUAAAAUGUUAAAUUUCAUAUUCAUAAUCUCCAGCAACCACCCCAAUAUCAACAUAUGUGAAAAUGGUGCGUUUCUAUGUUUUGUAGUAUAAAAUAGAGGAAGAUAUGUUUCCAAUGAUAUCAUUGUUGUGCAUUGUGUGAUUUUUAACCAGCUAUGAGUAGGUAUUGCUUACUAAUUGGUUGAAGUCAUUGGAAAAUAUAUUUUUUUACUGCAAAACAUAAAUGCACCUUUUUUUACAUAUGUUGAUGUUGGGGUGGUGCUGGAGGUGAUGAAUAUGAAGUAGAAACAUGUUGAAAUUUCCCUUUAAGACAUAUAGGUAACUGCCAAAAUAAAAGAAAUGCCAACAAAGUGUCUUAAUAGGGCGUUGGGCCACCCAGAACAGCUUCAAUGCGCCUUGUCAUAGAUUCUACAAGUGUCUGGAACUCUAUUGGAGGGAUGCGACACCUUCCACAAGAAAUUCCAUCAUUUUGUGUUUUGUUGAUGGUGGUGAAAAACGCUGUCUCAGGCGCCACUCCAGAAUCUCCCAUAAGUGUUCAAUUGUGUUGAGAUCUUGUGACUGAGACAGCCAUGACAUAUGGUUUACAUCGUUUUCAUACUCAUCAGACCAUUCAGUGACCAAUCGUGCCCUGUGGAGGGACAUUGGGCCCGUUUGUUUCGCAUGGCCCGGUGCGCCGGGUGGGUGUAAGGACCAAUGGGAGCACCGGGCCAUGCAAAACAACCUUGCCUAUUGUCGUCCUGGAAGAGACCACUCCCAUCAGGAUAGAAAUUCUUCACCAUAGGUUGAAGGUGAUUCUCAGAAUAAAUGUGUAUGUAUUGGUGUUUACCUUGCCCUCUAAGGGGUUGAGAGGACCUAAACCAUGGCAGGAAAAUGCUCCCCACACCAUAACAGUGCUGUGAGAACCCUCAUUUACUCAAGUUUGUCCUUUAUUUUGGCAGUUACCUGUAUGUGGUGACAAUUGUUUUUCUAAAACUGACUUUCUGGCAAAUGUUUACCUUUUUAUUUAACUAGGGAACUCAGUUAAGAACAAUUUCUUAUUUUCAAUGACGGCAUAGGAACAGUGGGUUAACUGCCUUGUUCAGGGGCAGAACGACAGAUUUUUACCUUGUCAGCUCGGGGAGUCGAUCAUGCAACCUUUCGGUUACUAGUCCAACGCUCGAACCACUAGGCUAACUGCUAUUGUGACAGACUGCUAAUGUUCACUCUACACGGACCUACACUUGGUGCCAAUGUUCACACAAAGCCAAAUGGGUGAGCUUAAACUAGACCCUGGGGACUCCACGUUGUCCUCUGUGACUUUUGCAGUCUGCCAUUUGAUGUUAAUGAUACUCUUUGUAAAUGAGCAUGCACAUGCAACAUCUUUCUACGGUGGAACAGCUGACGUCUACUUUCAGCAAUAUGCACCGGAAAUAAACUGCAUGUGGACACAGAACAACAAGGUCAACCACAAUCUGCAUGGAGCAAUCAAUCAACACGCUUUCCUCCCAAUCAGAAUGGACUGUUUUAAGUUGUGUUCCUCUGAAAUGGCAAAAUGACUAUCGCAGGAAACCAUGCCAUCUGUUUGAUUGACAGCCAAUCCAAUCAAGAUAAAGGUUGUGUGAGCUGAAUGGCAUAGCGUAUAUGUGUACAGUGCUGUCAGAUUACUGUGUCUGUGAUGAUGACCUAAUGUCCACUUCCUCCACUUUUACAUAAAUCCAUUUGAUGUAAUGAAACUCCAGAA